AUGAAGGACGCCUUUGAUGUAUUGAUGACUGAAAUGGACCAGAAGGGCGAUCAGAAACUAGUUUCGCAUGGAAAAUUUAACUUCACCUACCAAGAGGCGGCCAAAGCGUUGAAAGAUGCGAAUAAUUUUAAAGCUACAGAAUACAGUGUAAAAGUGGCAAAUAAAAUUAAUAAUAAACUGACAGAACUUGUUAAGGAAGUCACUCCACCAGAACUCACCAGAAAUAUGAAAGAGAAAAAGGGCCCGGCUUUCCAAAUAUUGACCGAUGCCAUGAAGAAGAAAGGCAGUGACGUUAUGUACCGGAAGAACAAAACUGAACGUACUUACGGUCAGGCAGCUCAACUACUGGAACGAGCUGAAGGUCUGGAAUCAGAUCACGAUGAUCCCAACUUGUCGCAAGAGAUUCAUGCUACAAUGACAGAAUUAGUGAAAAACCAGUUUCCAGAAGAUAUGAAAAAGGAUAUGGAUGGUAUUGUGGACGUUUCUUCGAAAUAUUUAUCUCAAGUAGCUGUCGAUGACACCGACCGUGGUCCUGUGUUUGAUUUUUUAAUUAAGAAUUUGAUUGAACAUGGAGAUCAACCUUUUUCUGAUAUUUUUCCUCUUACUACGAGUAGUGCAGCUGCUCACAUUAUACAAGAAGCACCAGAUCUCAUCACACAUUUGCAUAUAAAAGAUAUUGCUGAUGAAGGAAAAACCAAUUUAACGAAAGACAUGAAGAAUGUGACUCCAGACGCUUUGCAGGCUCCAAUGGCAGCAUUGAUCAAGGAUGUCUCUAAAUAUCUAUCCCAGAUGGUGGCCUUGAGAAGUGGAAUAGCUGGCGACAGAUAUCCGAAAAGCUUGUUGGCUUCAAUGGAAAAAUCUAUGGGAAAAAAACCCCUUUACAAAUACAGGUCUUACGGACAAAGUUAUGCAGAAGCGGCAGAUGUCUUGCAACAUGGAGGACCUUCAGUUACUCCAGAAUCACAGCAACCUACAGAACCAGCAUCAGAUUUGGCCCAAAAAAGUCUUACUGAGUCCAAACAUAGGCUCUUAGUGUCGGAAGGACUUUCUUACGACGAUAUACAUCCAACAAAGUCAACUAAAGAGUUGGGUUUUGAAAUUGCUACUGAAAUGAAGAAAACUUUACCAAAACAAGUAGCUCCAGAUGUAGCUGCAGGAUUGGAAGAUACAAUUGAUAAAGCUGCUACGCAAAUAGCGAAACAUGCGGGUGGACAAGGAAAAGCAUUGGAACAUUUGACGAAUUUAAUGAAAGAAAAGGGAGACGAAAAACUUGCGAGGUUGCAAGGUUACGAUCAGACUUACAGUGAUGCAGCUAAAAGACUGGAAAAUACUCCAACUUUAAACACGGAGAAGGUCGAUAAAUCAGCUUACGAAAUUGUGAAAGCUAAACUCACCGAUUUAACUAAGGACAAACCAGCCAAUGAGAAGGUUGAAAAACAUAUACCAGGCAUGCUUAAGCACGCUCCAGCUGGUGUCAAUAAAGCUCAUGACGAGCAGAAAAAGGAAGAAAUGAUUAAGAAAAUUGAGGCUGUCUUCCCUGAUAAAAAGAUGGCUGCUGCAUACAAAGAACCAAUCACAGAAGGUGCGGCGCACCUGGCUGACGUCGUUACUGGAAGAGGUGAAGCCAUGGAAGUAAUUCAAGACAGUUUGAACAAAAAAAAGGAUAAACCGUUUCUUGAUGUUGGAAGUUUCAAGAAAACACAUGGUCAAAUAGCGGAAUUAUUGAAAAACGCACCAAAUCUUCAUGGUGAAAAGGCCUCUCCAGUUUUGAUGGAAAAUGUUGAACACCAACUGAAUGUACUUCCUAAAGAGGUACCGGCAGAUAAACCACUAGCUAAGCAGCAUAUGAAAGAUACUACUCAAAUCGCAGCAAAAUAUAUCGCAUCUAAAGCUACGGCAGAAAUGAAGCACUUCGAAGAACUGCACAAGAAGAUUUUGUGA